AUGCGCGGGGCCUCCGGAGCGGCUGCGGGACCGUACGGGGCGGACGGCGCUGCGGAGGCUCCCUGCCUUUCACUUGCGAUCGUGCCAGCCUGCAGGAGGGCAGCAAAUGGCCACAGCGCAUCCAUCCCAGGAGCCCGUGAGCUUUGCGGAGGUGGCCGUGUAUUUCAGCAGGGAGGAGUGGGCGCUGCUGGACCCUGCGCAGCGAGCGCUCUACCGGGACGUGAUGCUGGAGACGUAUGAGUGCAUAGCCUCGCUGGCAUCUAAACCCGUGGUGAUCUCCCUGCUUGAAGGAGGGGACGAAUCCUGGAUCCCAGAUGUGUGCAGCCCAGAGGAGAGCUCAGCCCAGGUGAGCUGUGGAGGGAAAGGAGGAGGUUGGGGUUGGCGGACGCCCCUGUGGGAUCAGCUGGGGCAUGUUUUGGGCACAAUAAGCUAGAUCUGGAUUUCCUCUGUCAUCCCGCAGGUGAUGAGAUCACGAAUUUGAAGGAGAAUCUGCAGGAGAGUGUUGUAGCCAAAAGUCUGUGGGAUAGUAUUUUUCUUGGAAAAUCCAGAAGUGAAU